AUGCCGGAGAAUACAGCAGCAUAUGUCAAGACUCGAUUCCUAGUUUUUUCCGACACACACGGACUCGAUAGUCCACCAGACUUUGUCUCGCGCGAAUAUGCGGACGUCGCGAUCCACUGCGGAGAUCUCACCACAGAAUCGAAACUCGACGAGUUCAAAGCUUCGAUCCGUUUCCUACGAGCCGCGAAUGCUCCCCUCAAACUUGUGAUAGCCGGAAACCAUGACUUCACCAUGGACAUCCCUGUUUUCCAGAGAAAAGUGGCAGAAGCCCAACCCCUGGAUCCCGAAUUAGUUCGGAAAUUCUAUGGCAGGUAUGAAGAAGCUCGAGACUUAUUUGGUAAGGAGAAAGAGACGGGUAUUACGUUUCUGGAUGAAGGCAUCCACACUUUUCGCUUAGAAAACGGUGCACUAUUGAAUGUCUACGCUAGCCCAUACACCCCAUUAUGUGGCGAUUGGGGCUUUCAGUAUCGCCGGGACCACGGACAUGACUUUCAAAUUGAGAAUGUCGAUGUCAUGAUGACACAUGGUCCGCCAAAAGGUAUUUUGGACCGCACACUCUCUGGCGAGCGUGCCGGCUGCCAACGACUUUUCGAGGCGAUAGCUCGAGCCAAGCCUCGACCGCUGAUGCAUUGUUUUGGCCAUAUCCAUGAAGCAUGGGGCGCCAAGCUUGUCCGAUGGCGCGACGAUAUCAGUCCGGAGCCCUCUCACUUGACUGAUAUUGACCACGAUCAGUCUGUCCUCAUAUCGACACUGUCCGCCAUCAAACGCAAAGGAAAUCCUACGGAAUGCUCCACCACAAGUCAUUGCGCUGGCGAUCCGCAUCCGCUGGAACGGGGCUCUGAGACACUCUUUAUUAACGCCGCAUUAGAGGGCUCCCGGGACUUUAUGAUACAACCACCGUGGCUUGUCAACAUCGAGCUUCCGGCAGAUGUAUGA